CAUAUCCAUUCUCCCCCUGGCUCUUCGGGCUCAGACUCUCUCACGAGCCUCUGUGUCCCUAUCUACAUGAUCUACGAUUGUAACAUUGAUUGGUCCUCAUGUCCGAACGGCUUUCCCGUCCGUCCAGUCCAUACUUGGAGCCCCCGAGGAAGAGUGUCGAGCUGGAAGACCCGGGGGCUCGGGAUUCCGCUACCAACAGCGACGACGAGCAUUUUUCAGACGCCAGCGAGGGCCAGCCACACUCCCAAUCCCACCCGCCGUCCGGCCGCGCAUCCCCUAUCCCCUUAACCCGAGUGGAGAAAGUCGACGAAGAACCCUCGCAUGGGGAGGUGCCUGGCACCGCGGCGUAUGAGGUUAGGGAGCAGGAUGCUGUCCCAGACCAAAUUGAAAUUAUUCCGGAUGGCUCGCGCAGCAGGAGCGCUUCAGCUGCCAGUCAGCGGCCUGUGACUCCGAGUUCGUCCAUUCCGCGGACAGUGGUCGAGAAAGUCGAUCUAGAUGAACCGAGCCAUGGCGAUGUGCCUGGCACUCCAGCAUACGAGAUACGAAAGGCGGAUGCCGUGCCCGACGUGGUGAGAAAGGCUUCGGAUUCAGAUGAGGCGUCCCCCAUACUGGAGUCAGUCGCGGCCAAUGCGGCCGACACACCUGUCCCGGAGACGCUGCUCUCUCGUGUGAACUCCAACGAAGACGAUACCGAAGACGCAAGCCCUUUGGCUCACCGACCCAAGCCAAGUGACGCCGAGCCAGAUCAGACCGAAAACGUCCCCGAGACACCAGAUUUGCCUACAAGCCAUCGAAGUCACGCCCGCCGAGAAUCGUCAGUGACCGGCGCAGUCGAAGACACAACCGGUGCCGACGACUUUGACGAUUUUGCCGAGGAGCAGGAAGACGACGACUUUGGCGACUUCGACGACUUUGACGAUGGUUUCCAAGAGCCCAUGACGGAGGCUGUGGAGGCCGAGCCAGCAGAUUUCCAGCCCUCACAGCCUCCCACGCCCCCCUCAGUCCCCCCGCUCCUCGACUUCGACGCCAUCUCCUCCCUCACAGACCUUAACACCACCCUCUCCGACUCCCUCGACCGCCUCUUCCCCAGCACCAAAGACACCGCCGGCCUGCGGCCUCUCGAUCCCAUCCCCAAUCCCACCGCCAUCUUCAGCACCGAGCGCUCCCUCUCCCUCUGGUCCCAGCUUGUGGCCCCUCCCCCACUCCAACCCCAAAACUGGGUGAAAUCCCGCAUCCGCCGUCUCUUCCUCGUCUCCUUGGGAGUCCCCGUCGACCUCGACGAGAUCCUCCCAGCCUCCAAACAAAAGAAGCUCAUUCUCCCCUCCGUCAACCUCGACGACACUCGCCCCUCCUCCGCCCCACCAACGGCGCAUUCCCGCUCCCAAAGCCUCGCAGCCAAACGCGACAGCACUCAAAGCGGCCCCGGCAGCCCUGGUCCACAGCAACAAUCCAGAAACCGCACCUCUCGACGGAGAGAACCUUCCCCGCCUCCCGAAUUGGACCUUCCCGCCGUGCACCGACUAUGCGCCACGACAGACGCAGCCCUAGACGGCCUCACAGACGGGGAACUCCGCGGACAUGUGCAAGAACUCGAAUCAGCGACAUUGCGAGCGAGCUCCGUGCUUGAGUAUUGGUUGAAACGACUGGACGGGCUAGUCAGUGAAAAGGAGGCUUUUGAAGGCGUGAUUGAGAACUUGGUUAGUCAUGCAAGACGAGUCCGGAAGUGAUGGUUAUCAUGUUAUGUGAUGUUUGAUGUGUGUGAUGUUGAUAGAUAGAUAUAAAUACUAUGAAUUAUUAAUUAAUG